UCCCUGAACUUCCGACUUGCACAUGUGUUUACCAAACAUGUGGACGGCUGAGCCCAAAAAGGAAUAGAAAUACAAAUCCAAACACACGUACCGUUUGUUAUCUGGCUGAAACAUGGGGAAGCUGAAUGUCGUGGUGCUGAGAUACUUAUCUCGAGAUGACUUCAGAGUCCUCACAGCGGUUGAGAUGGGGAUGAAGAACCAUGAGAUUGUUCCAGUGAGUCUCCUGUCCUCCAUAGCUAGCCUCAAACAUGGCGGCUGCAACAAGGUCCUCAGAGAGCUUGUAAAACACAAACUCGUGGCCUAUGAACGCUCCAAGUCGGUGCAGGGUUACAGGCUGAACAAUGGAGGAUAUGACUACUUGGCUCUGAAGACCUUGUGCUCCAGAGAAGUUAUCAUUUCAGUUGGCAACCAGAUGGGUGUGGGUAAAGAGUCAGAUAUAUAUAUUGUGGCGAGUCCAAAUGACGAGCAGUACGCUCUGAAGCUUCACAGAUUAGGUCGUACCUCCUUCAGGAACCUGAAGAACAAGAGAGAUUACCACCAACACCGGAAGAACAUGUCCUGGCUCUACCUCUCUCGCCUGUCUGCCAUGAAAGAGUUUGCCUACAUGAAGGCAUUGUAUGAACGGGGCUUUCCUGUUCCCAAACCUGUGGACUAUAACAGACAUGCUGUCGUGAUGGAGCUCAUCAAUGGAUACCCCUUGUGUCAGGUGCAUAAGCUGCAGGAUCCAUCUGCCCUGUACAAUGAGUUCAUGGAGCUCAUAGUCAAACUGGCCAAUCACGGCCUGAUUCACGGAGACUUUAACGAGUUCAACCUCAUGCUGGACGACCAGGACCACAUAACUCUGAUUGACUUCCCUCAAAUGGUGUCCACCUCACAUGCUAAUGCUGAAUGGUAUUUUGACAGAGAUGUCAAAUGUAUCAGAGAUUUCUUCGCCAGACGAUACAAUUACGAAAGCGAGCUCUUCCCAACCUUCAAAGACGUCAGGCGAUCAUGUUCACUAGAUGUCGAAGUCUCAGCUAGCGGCUUCACAAAAGAUAUGGAGAGAGAUGGUGCAUUGCUUCACCCAGCUGGACCUGAGGAAGAGGAAGACGAUGAAGAGGAGGACGAUGAUGAAGAAGAAGAAACAGACGAGGAGGUAGAAAAAGAAGAAGAGAGUUUGGACAUAGAAGAAUAUAAGCAUGCAAUGCUGGAACUGGAAGGUCUGAAAGUCAGCGACUCGCAUGCAGACAUCCAAAAUGAGGAGAACAAGAAGGAAAAAGAGGAAGAACAAAAAGAGACUGAGACAACAUCUGCUGCAAGAAGUGAUGAAGAGCCAGAUAAGGAGGAAGAGAAAGAGUUGAAUGAGGCAGAGGAUGAGUGUCCAGAGCUGGCAGACCUUUCCAUCUCCAACAGAGAGAUCAAACCCUUCAGAGACUCAGACAGUCUUCUCCACGUGGCAGAACACAGGAGGAUGAGGACAGACAGCGAGGGCACAAUGGGCAGCAUAGGGAGCUGCUCCACAAUAGCACCGGAGGUAGUCCGUGAGAAGGUGCGGAGGCAGCUCACCAAACAGCAGAAGGCUGCACAGAGGAGACGUCUGCAGAAAGGAGAAGCCAACUUGGUGACCAAAUCCAGGAGAGAGAACGAAAAUAACAUCAAGUCUAGUAUGGACGGUGCCUCCUUCUGGGGAUAACUGCAGAGACGGACAGACUGAAUUUCUGUCAACAUGUUUUUUUUCUGGUGUAACAUGCUUGCUGUGGUCCCUCUGCUUCUUUUGUCUGAAGAGUUGAACACGCAUGAUAGUUGAUGGGAAAAUUGUGUCUCUGCAACACAUCUGCUCAGUACUGCUUCGGGAAAUACGCGAGAGAAGAGUGAAACAAACUACAUUCAGCAGAUCAUCACACUGUCAAGAAGACGAGCUGUUUUUCUAUCUGAACUGUAAUUAACAACCAUGUUAAACGUACAGUGUAAUGUAAAUAUCGACUCCUAAUAAUGAAGCUGUAUGAUUGAUUAUUAAACCAUUUAAAUUAC